UGUAAAUGUCAGUGUUUAGGCUCCGCCUCUUUAUCUGGAGUCUUUAUAAGCGGCUGCGCGUCUGUUUUUUGAGUCUUCGGGGUUCGCGCUUGACAGUCUCUGUUUUACCUCAUCUAUAACUGCGACAUUACAGAUCAGUCGCGAUGUCUGACGAAGGGAAGCUGUUUAUCGGCGGUCUCAGUUUCGAUACCACCGAACAGUCGCUAGAGGACGCGUUCUCCAAAUAUGGUGUUAUCACCAACGUUCAUGUGGCCCGAAACCGAGAAACCAACCGGUCCAGAGGAUUCGGCUUCGUUACCUUUGAGAAUCCCGAUGAUGCAAAAGAUGCACUUGAAGGAAUGAAUGGAAAGUCUGUUGAUGGCCGGACGAUCCGUGUGGAUGAAGCUGGUAAGGGUGGCGGCGGACGAUCGGGUGGUGGCUCCUACAGGGGUGGUGGUGGUGGAGGAGGAGGAAGAGGAGGUGGAGGAUUCUUCAGAGGAGGGCGAGGAAGAGGAGGUCCGAGAGGUGGUGGUGGUGGUGGCUACGGCGGUGGUGACCGUAGUUACGGAGGGGAUCGGAGCUAUGGCGGCGGCGGAGGAUACAAAAGCGGAGGUGGAGGCGGGUACUCUUCCGGAGGGGGCGGCGGCUACAGCCGAGACCGGGGUUCAGGUUAUGGUGAUCGGGGCGGGUCUUACAGAGAUGGCUAUGAUAGUUAUGCUGCUCAAGACUAAACCCAAGACACGACACAUCACUGGCUGAACUUUCUAAAGACUGCUGUCUCUCCCUCUCUGUCUCACUCUCUCUCUCUCUGUCCCUCUCUCUCUCUCUCUCUCUCUAUCUUAUAUCAAGUACUCUUAAAGGGGGGAAAAUGCCAUUUUAUCUUCAUUGGCUGUGGAUGUUAUCACUUUGGAAGAGAAGCAAAUUUGUUCCUCUUCUGCACAAUGAGUCUCAUUGAUACCUCAUUAAAAAAAAAAAAAAAAAAACGUUAAAUUUGCGAAUGCUGACCAAACCUUGUCUGUUGCUGUUGGUAUCGGUCCUGCCGAGAUUUAAUUUGCUUUUAUGGGGAGUGUGGAGUAUCUUUGGUGUGAUUUAACCUCCUCUUAGGCUCUUUUGUAUUUUAUAUUUGUUUCUUUGUCAUUUUAUUUGUAAGCAUCUGUUACAAGUACAACUAGUUCUUUGCACCAGCACGGUGCGUUACGUCAACGGAGCUGCUGUUUUUUUUUUUUUUUUAUUAAAUAAAAGGCUCCUUAUUUUAAAAGCUGUAAGGGGAUCUAUUGUCCAUGUCCAGUAUCCAAAAAGUGAAUUCCUUGCAGACUGGUGACGGCUGCGCAGCUGGAGUGGGCAGACACUGGCGCAGAUGUGCUAAUUCUCGCUCCGCCUGAGGUAUCUGUCUCCGCUCCAUGCCUGCAUUUUAAACUGUGUGUUGAUGUAAUAAUGGACUCUUGACAAAAUCCAUUAAUCAAUUACUUGAAAGAGAAGCAGAAAUUGUUAACAGUACACUCCAGAACUGAGAAGAAGACUUGUGCUCUUGUGUUCUUUGUAUGAAGAUUUGACUCCUUUUGUUUUAAUUCUUUUGUUUGCUGAUCCAUUUUUGGCUUCAUGGAGCUCAUUAAACGAAACCAUUUGUUCAAAUGCUCUGAAUCCUGUUUGUGCCUUUCAAAAAUCUACAAGAUGGGAAGUUUUUCUUUCAGCAUCAGUGUGAAUCUCCUAAACUCAUUUUCACCCCCAAACCAAUAGAGAAAAAUUAAUUUGCAUUAAAAAAAAAUAAAUAAAAAAAAAAACGAACUUUUAAGGACAUUAUUUUGUCCUUUUUCAUGACCAUUAAUGGCACAGUUUAUUAUUAAAAAUUAUGCAUGUAAAAAUGCAAGCAGUCUUAAUUUGAAUGGUUGUAAAUAUAGGCUUCAUUUUCUUCAUGCACAAGAUUUCCUUAAUUUUUCAAAAAUCUGAAAUGUGACCUGGCAUCAUAUUUUACUGAGAUUCACCCAUAAAGGGUUGAUUGUACGAUUAGCUGUAGAAGAGACUUGUGUAGCGAGUAGAUGCAUGUAAAGAUAACUUAUUGAAAAAGACAAAGACUACUGAUGUUCUACCAGAAGAAUGAAGCUCCGGCCCACUCCAGACAUUAAAACCUGGUGCAGUCUCCAUGAAAGUUCAAUCCGCCAUUACUGUAACGCAUGCCGUUUAAUGUAGCUCAAGAGUGGACCGUUUUGAGAGUUACAAUAUUUAAUAUAUUCUUAGUCCUUGGUCCAUGCUGACAUUAGUGGUGGAUUUUAAAUACUGCUCUUAAAGUAGUGCAAAAAAUGUUCUGUUUGUGUUUUAAACCCUAUAGAACACACACACGCACACACACAACACAUUAUUGCAGUAAAUUUGCUCAAUUAGCCAUUGCAUAUUUUUGAGAUGGGAACCACUAGCAUUUGAAAAAUAUACCAAAGGUUUUCAGAAUCAGACUUUACCCCUGAACGCCAACAUUAGGGCACCUAACCCCUAGUGCAUUAGUGUAAUUAAGGGAAUAACCCUCAGUAGUAAGCUAAUCCAGCACCAUUCUUAAUCCUUGAGUUGAACCAAAAACCCAGAAAGAGCUGAAAGAAAUGCUUCGUUGAAUCCAAGCGCUCUGCUACUGUAAAGAGUGGAGUGUCUGUCCUCAAACGGGUCCUGGAGCAUCAAGCGUUGCAUCUACAGAAGUGAUUCCUGUUGGCUGCUCUGUCUCGGGGCUAGUUCAGUAGCCCUGUGUCGGUGAGGUAAACUUCAUUUGCUCUCCUGUUCACACUCAGUUUUACCUGUUGCUUUCUCAGAUACUUAAGUUGCUCACCACCGUCGCAGAUGUUAAAUAUAGUUUGUCACAUCUGCAUGGUGCCUGUCGCCUGCCCCCCCCCACCCAAGCGUUGACAUUGGGCGCCAAAUCCUGAGAGUUAAAUUUCCAGGCCACCUAUUGCACUCUCUAUGCAUUUUAGAAUAACCAAUCUCCGUUGUUUGCUCGACCUAGUCCUGGGAGUUUGUCACGUGCCCUGUUCAGCUCAUUUCCUUUUCGAGAAUCAAUUUGUAAAACACAUUGUUACUAGUACAAACUGCGUAUGACCAAAGAGAACACCUAUUCUGUAAUACUUACUUGUUAGUCCUGUCUUUAUUAGUAAUUUAUUUUUCAAUUUUGUUCAUUUGAUCUGUUUAGGUUAAUUUCCUGGUGAAGCUGCCGUGUGCGUCUGACGUUUGAGGCCUGUUGCGUAUUCAUUCCUAGAAGUGAAUUGUGAGGUGUGUGCUGGUGGAAGGUCUUUCCUCCACAGAUGGAAAUUCAGUGAUGGAGCGGCUGUUAAAGCUUGUACUGAUGGAGAAACCGCUUCAUUCUGGCCACUUGUCAUUUAGCACAUUUAUAACUCAAUCUGUGGUGCAGAAUGAUGCUCAGUUCAUCCAACAGAUUUAAAUGUGACGUUUGAGGUUUAAAGUUGUCGGCCAUUCCUUGUCAACAUUGGAAGCACAUUUGUCACAAGAUUGAGUAUUUUAUAAUAAACAAUAAAAUCUCUGAAAAGUUCAA